AUGGUAUACGAUAUCAUUUUAGAAACAGAUCUUACAACAUUGGAACAAGAAACUAUAGGAGAAGAAGUAAUUACAAAACUACAUGAAGAAUUAAAAACAACAAUAUUUCAAUACUCAGAGCUGGAGCCAUCUCUAUCCGUCACUGAGCAAAACCUGGCAGACCGAGUUCGGUACAUCCUGCGCUCCAACAUAUUUGGUGACGCCGAACUCGAACGACUACGACGUGAGGCUGUUCCCUCAUCGGAUGGAAAUGCUACGGCUGAGAAUGCGGCGCCACUAAUUGCGCAGCAAACUGCAAAUGUGGACGCUGCCGUCAAUAUUCCAUUUGUAGUUGAUUCAGACGAUGAUGGAAUAGUCCCCCACGAACUAGAGAAAAUGAGGAGCAUAUUGGAAGAGUCGAUGCUGGAAACGCGCAGCAUGCCUCUCGAAAAUCGACCGCGACUUCCCCGCAUACCCCUUAGCAAGCGAAAUCGGGCUGUCGUGCGGGCUCUUAACCCAAUGCUGGUGACCUAUUUGGAAGCCAGCCGGGACCUUUGCGAGACGGACUCUAUUCUUUUUGGCGCCGCACUGGCAGUAUGCCGUAUUAUUGGCGCCAAACUUCCCAUGGCUGGACGUGCUACUCAACAAGGUAGUGCCAUCCCAGCCUGGAGAAAAAGAAUCGAGGACCGUAUCGCAAAGGCAAGGGCCCUUAUCGGCAGACUGACAAGCUUCAGGUCGGGUAAUAUUAGACCGAGAGUUGUGCGCACCGUUAGAAUGGCGUUUGCUGGGACAAAUAUUAGUUUGUCCCAGCCGGAUAUCACGCAGAAACUAACGGAGCGCAUAGAUGACCUGAAGCAAAAAAUCGCUGCUUGGGGGAAGCGGAUUCGACGAUUUAGCGAGAGGUCAAGGCGGUUCAACCAAAAUCGUCUCUUCCAGAGUGAUCAGAAGAGGCUCUAUAAAUCAUUGGAGCGACCAGAGGUAUGUGGAGCGGGCCCAGGACCGGAUCAGGCUGACACUGUCGCAUUUUGGCGUGGCCUGUGGUCAGAGCCCGUAAACCACAGCGAGGGCCCUUGGAUGGAAGUUGUGGCGAGCCGGAGUGCAAGUGUUACGCCUAUGGACCCCGUCACCAUAACGCCUGAAGACGUGGCUGAGGCGGUGGGGUUUGACAAACCCCAGUCCUAUAAAUUUUGCGAUAAUUUUAAAACUGUGAACGCGCCGAAGUUCGAAUUUUCAGUAGCUGGAAUUAUAACGUUGCCACUCCGACCAGUGCCGCUAAGUCGUUCCGGUGACAAUCGCCAAGUUAGCUACACAUCCUUAAAGUGCGUGUGGGCGUCACACACCCCACCUCGUACGGCGCGUUAA